AUGGUUCCGCUGAAAGUAUUCCUCGUGCUUUGCUUCGUGGCUUAUGCUACGUCGCUGAAUGGACGUUUCGAAGUAGACUCAAAAAAGCCGGAUGGAAGCGCAGUUAUGGCGCGUGACUCAGGUACACUUUCUGCUGGAGGUUCAGCCUAUCUGGAACUUUACAUAUAUUAUAGUAGACACAUAAAAAAACGUCUUGGUGAUAAAAAAGUGGUGUUGGAAUAUUUGAAACAGUUUUUAAAAAGGGUAAACAAGAUUCUGAAAACUGCGGAAGCAAUUGUAACUGUGCAGUUCAGUCUUCUGGGAGCCAGUCAAUGGAAUGAGGAUCACAGAGCUCUCACUGAAGACAGAAAAGCCCUAGAUGCCGAACUUUUGAUUGCGAUACUUAAGGUGUACGGGAAGAGGCUUGCGACACGGCUGCACAAGGAAAAGCACAGAAAUAUAGAUGCUGUCUUGUUUCUUACCACGUCACACAUUAGAAAUAUGUCUAUGAGUGAGACCGAAAACACCAACAGCAACAAUAUUGGAACCAGUAAACAGAACGACGUUCUGACAGGCAUUGUAGGACGAAUCGGAGGUAUUUGUCUGAAGGAACAUUUUGUCGCAGCAGCGACGGAUGAUGGAAAAUACCGUGGUGUUAAAAGCGCCGCUCGCCAGCUGUCUAUUCUUAUGGGCGCCGUGGAAGACGGUCAAGGCCCUCCUGGUAGGGAGUAUGUUCGGGGAAGUGAUGGGGCAUUAGGGUGCCCGUACAGUGACGGCUAUCUUAUGGGGAAGCCGAAUGGCAAGAACAGCGAAAGGCUGUCCAGGUGCUCUGGGUCCUCGUACAUAAUGGGUAUAAGGCAACAUGGACCCGGAUGUUACGACCAAACCCCACCCAAAGAAUCGUUGGGCAACGAAAUCCUGGAAUAA